AUGGCGAGUGGCUCGGCCAAGUUCUUUCCCCUCGUGCUGCGCUUCCUCGAAUGCUGCUUCUGCUCCGCAACUUUCGCCAUCCUGUGCUAUCUCAACUUCUCCUGGAAGAGCAUCAACGUGACGGCCUUUCUGUUCGGAACGGGCGUCACGGGGCUCAUCCUCUCCUUCAUGCUCAUGCUCGUGCACCUCGCUAACAUCGCCGGAGUCAAGAUGGACUCGCUCGGCUCGCAGCUCUUUGGAAGCUUUAUGAUGAUGAUGCUGCUGUUCGCCGCAUCCUGCGCGUCUGCAGCAUUCACGUCGCGCAUGUGCGCCUCCUACUCCUCCAACUUCCUACUCGGCUUCAUUCAAGACAGCUGCACGCUUCUCAAGUGGGCCAACGCCAUGGGCUUCCUUGGCACAUUCACCUACAUGACAUCCUUCUGGGUAUUUACUUCGUUCAUCUACAUGGAAGCAUAG